CUGAAGCCCUGGCCAGGGCCGGGCACGCGAGGGCUGUGUCGGAGAAGGAUAAGGAUGAGAGAGAAUUACUUGAGAAGCGCCACUUAGAAGCACUGCAGAAACGUGCCAAUAUGUUCAAGUACAGCGCAAGACAUUCAAGGUUUGGAGGCACAUAUUUGAUUAAAGACGUCAAAUCAAUUAGUCAGAAUGAUGUUAUUUACCACCGAAACCAAGCCGACGUGAAGUCGCUGUCAUUUGACCAACAAAAAACUCGCAGACGAAUAGCCAAGAAUAAGCUGCCGGCGAAGGAUGCUGAGGUCUACAGACGCUCAACGCUAAGUGUCAGACUGCUGUUGAAAGCGUUUUGCAUUCAGUUCCUGCAAAACUGCUACAAUCCUCUGAUGAAGACUGUAAAUGAUAUGCUGAAGCGACAGAAAGUGGAUAACCACGACGAAACGUAUUUCCUGUGGUCGAUGCGAUAUUUCAUGGAGUUCAAUAGAUGUUACAAAUUUGAUGUUGCACUCAUCAGCGAGACGAUAUCAACGGAGACAUUUCACUACAUCCAGGUGAAUCUCGAGAACUAUUAUGAAAUGAUGUUCAGUGACAAGAAGGAGAGCAAAGUUUGGAGUAGAAGGGCUCACCUUGCACUGAAGGCAUACCAGGAGCUACUGAAUACAGUGUUGAUGAUGGAUAAAUCUUCUGAGCCAAGUAUUGUCGAGAGCGCCAGAGUCAUUAAAAGUAACAUAUUCUACGUCCCCGAGUACAAGGAUAUUUUUCUGGCACUUCUGCGCAAGUACGACUCCACCAAACAGCCGAGAUCGUUUCUGAAGGACAUCGUGGAGACGAAUCAUCUUUUUAUGCGGAUGAUGGAAAAAUUCUGCCAGUCCAACAGUCACGUCAUGGUUCAAGCAAAGCGCAAGAAGAAAAAGAAAAAGAAGAAGCAAGCAAAGCCUCAAAACACUGAUGGUGGACCGACGGAACAACAGCUGGAGGACAUCUGGGACGAGGUUUCAGGCGAGCUGUCGGCCAUCUUCCAGAACCGCGCCGACGACCCUCUGCCGAUGGUGGCGCCAUUUGACGCGGCGUCCGAUGCUCCGGUAGAUCAACAAAAGGCGGAUGCAGUCAUACGUAUUCAAGAUGCCAUGAGAGAGAAUCGCCCCGCGGAGGCUGUGGCACUCUUCCGAUCGGCAAGAGAGGUGUGGCCCGAGGAUAAUGAGUUUGGUGCUGCAGACAUCGGUCCAGAAGAAGAGUUUAUGGCUCUCAGAGAAGUUUUCUACGCCAACAUACCUCGUCCAGAAGUGAUUCCUCCUGCAACAGGAGACCUUAAUGAGCCCGUGGAAGAGGGUGCGGAAGAGGAAGGGGAAGAAGAGGAGUAUGAGAGGCUAGCAGAUGUCACUUGCGAAAAGGAAUUCAACUUUAAAGAUUUCUUGAAAUGCUUUGCAAACCCCACCAUACUGAAGCCAUAUGCCGAGUUACUGAAGUAUUACCGCACCAAUGAGCCUCACACGAACCACUGUCUCGUCAAGAUGAUGCAUCGAGUUGCCUUCGACCUCAAGAUGGUGCCACUGCUCUUCCAGGCCAGCAUGUUUCGCGUCUUACAAGCUGUUCUAAAGGAACAGGUCUCCGGCAGGUCGACUGGCUUCAAGGAGCUUGGCACGUUUGCCAAGUACGUCGUUAGUCAGUUCUUCUCGAUGUUGCCGACAAACCCAAAGCUGGUGGUGGAGCUGCUGUUCUGGAAGACUGCUAAGGAUGUGAAUGCCAUAGAAUCUGGAUAUGAUGACACAGUGCAGAAUGCCAGCCGUAGCAAGAUGUUAUGGACUGAAGAGCAGGAAUCUGAGUUGGAGAGAUUGUUCUACCAGUACAAGGAUGUUGAAGAUCCAGAGAAGGAUGUUAUCGAUUUGGUAGCAGAACAUUUGAUGGAUAGCAAGACCAGAAAGCAGAUUGUCUUUCAGUUGAAGCAACAGGGACUCAUCUCGUCGAGCAAGGAUCUGAAAAAACACAAAGUUCGGAAAUCGGUGAACGUGUGGCAAGAAGAGGAGGAAUACGAGCUGAAGAGAUUGUACGAGGAGUUUAAGGAUGCUGACGAUCCGGUCGCGAGGAUCCUAGACAACAUGAUACAGAAAAGGUCGCGCAACAAGGUCAUCGAGAAGUGCCUCAGCCUGAGCAUAGUGCAGGACCGUAAGCAGCUGCACAAGAAGCGGAAGCGGCGGCGGUCAGCGGCGCGAGGCGCGGACGGCGACAACGCCGACGACAUGCCGUCGGACGAUGCCAGCGAUCUCGAACAAGGGUUACCCUCUGACCUUGAAGAAGACAUACUUGAUUCUCCAACAGCCAGCAGUGCUGACAGUACAUCUGGCAGCUCAGAUGAAGAGUCAGAUAAAGAAAAUGGGAAACAGGGAGAUUCAUCGGAUUUUGGCUAUUUGGUGAACAAUGCAGUGCAGAAAGAUCUGUUGGGCGCUGUUCAGUGGCUUAAGACGACACUUGAGAGAACGGCUACAGAUAGAGAUGAAGAAGAUGAGAUGUAUCCAGUACCUAUAGUACCCCUUACAGAAGAAUAUGAAAAUGCAUUAGAGGAAGCAACAUUCACCAAGCUGCUAAAAGCAUUAGGAUUGUCACCGCCUAUCACUGGGCAGGAGCAGUUUUGGAGAGUUCCGGCUGCCCUGGGUCCGGGGGAUUUGCGGGAGCGGGCGGAGGUGCUUGCGGCCGCGCUAGAGGGACGAGCGAUCCCUGUCAUCCACAUGAAGCCAACUGAGAGCACUAAGAAGCUGCAAAAAACUAGGAAGGCUCGCCGAAAACAAAGCAAGGAGGGCGAGAAAGAAACGAGGGCAAGAAGAAGGCCAGAGAGGAAUGAAACUAGAAUGGAAAGUAAUAGUACAGAUGGGACAGCAUCUGGAAAAAGGCCUGCUAAGAGGAAGGGCAGGAAAAAGGAGAGCAACAUAUUAAAAGAAGUCACCGAAGACUUUUUUAUGGAAAGGGCGGGCGGUGGCUCUGACGCUGUAGCAUCAACGUAUCACAAUAAUGGCAAUAGCGAUUCCAGCGACGACGAUGCUCCACUGGCGAGAAAACUACCUAAAUCAGGAAAGACGACGCGGCGACCACGCAAGCCGUUAGCCGACGACGACAGCGACCUCGAUGCACUCGCCGGCGGCGACGUAGGUGGCACCACUCGCGACAUUUCGUCGAAGAGGGAACGCGUGGGUGAGAGUGCGUGGCGAUCCGAAGACGGCAGUAGCGACGCGGACGACGAGCUGCCACUUUUCGUCGCCGCUUCCGCAAAGCGAUCUGAAGCCGAGAGGACGCUCGAUGCUUCGCCGAAUCCUGGCAACGACGAGCCGCUGUCCAUGUCAGAAAGCAGAGAAGGGCGCGCUACCGACACGCGGAAGGAAGCACCGAACGAGUCGCGGAAAGCGAACGCCAGCGGAUCGCGACGUGGCGCGAAACAGAACAAACGGCUCGAGAUGCUGAAACAGAAGCGAGGUCUUCGAGCCUCGAAGCAACGUGUAACGCCGAGUGACAAAGUACCGAAGCGAGGCCGGGUCAGACGCACAUUUGCCGGUGACAGCGAUGACGAGGAGGAGGGUGAAAGGCAGGCUACGGAGCUAGGGGAGGACAACACCGCAGCACAGCUCUCCGAGCCGGGACGGACGAAAAGGAUGCUGGAUAGUGAUUCAUCAGACAGUGACGGGUUAAUUAUUGGCACAACAACAAAGCAACCACAGAAGCGAACACGCAUGGCUAUGUUGGAAAGCGAGUCAGAGAUUGAGAGUGGACUGCACCAGGUGGAAAAGGAAACAGGUGACACAAUGGCUGACUUGACCAACGGUCAGGAUGUAGCUACCACACGCACACGUUCUAGUUCAGAAUCGGAAGUGGAUGACCAUAUAGUGUUGAAGAGCGUGAAGCGACGGGCUGUAGUCGAAAGUGACAGUGAGUGACAUUUUCUACAUAUGGCUUCAUAUUACAAAUGAACAAAUAUAUAUACAGAUUAUACGUGUUCAUGGUAUGACUGAUGUAUUGCCAACGUAAAUUAUUGCUUAGUUUCAAACAAAAUCAUUCUAUUGCGAAAGGUAAUUGCUAUGUUUUCUUAACAUGGAAAAACAUGUAGGCAAAAGAUAAGUUAAAUAUUAGAAGUGAUAUGUAAUUCCAUUGGUUGGUAGAAUUGUGCUGCACGUGAUUGACAGACGUUUUGAAUUCCCAAGUAUUAACUGACUGUCUGUGUAAUAAACAUGACUGGUUAAUCUUAUUACAAGCAAA